UGCUCCGUUUAGGUUUUGACAAAUUGGUCAAAGUGAGAAGGAUUCCUAAAACUUGGACAGAGAAAGGAACCUAAUCAGCUCAUUUGCGAUGCGGAGAUCUUUUGCGAUUGCCUCGACGGCGAAGAGAUAUGUUCACGGCCAAGGUAAUCUCGUUACUGCUCCUCCGUCGUUGAUUUUCUGUUGCUGGAGACGAGCUUUCUCUGGUGCUAGUUGUGAUUACAGAGAGAAGAUUAGAAAUGGGUUUCUAAAAGAUAUUAAGUUAGAUGAUGCAAUUGGUUUGUUCGGUGAGAUGGUAAAGUCUCGUCCUUUUCCUUCCAUUAUCGACUUCAGUAAAUUGUUGAGUGCUAUUGCUAAGAUGAAGAAGUUUGAUGUCGUCAUCUCUCUGGGAAAGAAGAUGGAGAUGCUAGGAAUUACACAUAAUCACUAUACAUACAGUAUUUUGAUAAACUGUUUUUGCCGCUCUUCUCAGCUCUCUCUUGCUUUAGCUAUUCUUGGCAAGAUGAUGAAACUCGGGUUUGAGCCUAGCAUUGUCACGCUUAACUCGCUGCUCAAUGGAUACUGUCACGGGAAUAGGAUUUCAGAUGCAGUGUCUCUGCUUGAUAAAAUGGGAUUCAAACCUGACACCGUCACGUUUACAACUCUGAUUCAUGGGCUUUUUCUCAACAACAAAGCUUCCGAAGCUGUGGCUUUAGUUGAUCGAAUGGUUGAGAAAGGAUGUCAACCAAGUCUAGUUACUUAUGGUGCGGUGAUAAAUGGAGUGUGUAAGAGAGGCAAUAUGGAUUUGGCUUUAGAUCUCCUCAAGAAGAUAGAGAAAGGUAAAAUUCAGCCAAAUAUUGUGAUCUACAACACAAUCAUCGAUGGUCUUUGCAAAUACAGAGAUGUGAAUGAUGCACUCGACCUAUUCAACGAAAUGGAGAACAAAGGAGUUACACCGGAUGUUUUUACCUACAGCUCUCUCAUAAAUUGCCUUUGUAAUUACGGAAGAUGGAGUGAUGCCUCUCGACUACUAAGUGGUAUGAUUGAGAGGAAAAUCAACCCCAAUGUUGUCACCUUCAAUGCGUUGAUUGAUGCGUUUGUGAAAGAGGGAAAGCUUUUGGAGGCUGAGGAAUUAUACAAGGAGAUGAUCAAAAAGUCUAUAACUCCUACUACCAUCACUUACAAUUCACUGAUCAACGGGUUUUGUAUGCACGAUCGUCUAGAUGAGGCGGAACGUAUGUUUGAGUUCAUGGUUAGCAAGGGUUCUCUCCCAAACGUAGUGACUUAUACUACUCUUAUAAAUGGAUUUUGUAAGUCUAAGAGAGUAGAAGAUGGUAUGGAACUCUUCAGGGAGAUGUCUCAAAGAGGAAUUGUUGGUGACACAAUCACGUAUACCACUCUUAUCCAAGGGUAUUUCCAAGCUGGCGAUUGUGAUAAUGCCCAAGAAAUAUUCAAACAUAUGGUUUCUAGUGGGGUGCCUCGUGGUAUUAGGACGUACAACACUUUGUUAGAUGGUCUUUGUAACAACGGGAAGCUAGAGAAAGCAUUGGUCAUAUUUCAGGAUAUGCAGAAGAGUGAAAUGGAACUUGAUAUUGUUACAUAUAGUAUCAUCAUUGAAGGAAUGUGCAAGGCUGGUAAGGUGGAAGAUGGAUGGGAUUUGUUUAGCAGCCUCAACCUUAAAGGUGUGAAGCCUGAUGUUGUAACCUACAAUACAAUGAUCUCAGGAUUUUGUAGGAAAGGUUUAAAGCAGGAAGCAGAUGCCUUGUUCAAGAAAAUGAAAGAAGAUGGGCCUAUCCCAGAUAGCGGUACCUACAAUACGCUGAUUAGGGCAUGCCUUAGAGAUGGUGACAAAGUAACAUCAGCUGAGCUUAUUAAAGAAAUGAGGAGCUGCAAGUUCUGUGGAGAUGCUUCAACAAUAAGCAUGGUCACUAAUAUGCUGCAUGAUGGGAGAUUAGACAAAAGCUUUCUGAACAUGCUUUCUUAAAACAGGUUUGUAUUCUACAAGAGCAAAGGAAUGGUAAAGCAACUCUCUUCUCUUCAAAGCAUCUGUGAGGUGAAUCAAGUUAUUUAUGUUGCUGUUUUAGUAAUUAUAUGUAGAGAUAGAUUUUUUUUUGUAUUUGGUCGAUAUUGUGUGUGAGCUUCGUGAUGAAUAAACACAUCUGUGGUGAGCAUUAGAAGAAACUCU